UAGAGACAGUGAGGGUGGACCGCAUCGGGAAUGGGCUGACUGUCAGAGGCUUGUGGCAAAUUCACUUUACUUGGAUUUGUAUAAAGCUUUUUAAGUAAUUGUCAGUGGACACAAUUGCUUGUAUUUUGAAACUGGGAAGAAUCUAACAGCAUAUAUAUCAACAAGCAAAAUCUCUACCACCGAUAUAACUUUUUAAAGAUUGCUCAGAAUGGUUUGUUUGGCAAUCAGUCAACAUUUGUUUUGAUCCCUGAUGUCUGAAGCUUCUGACUGUAACAGAUAUGCUUUCUCCAUAGUGGAGGAGCAGACACAAGAAGAGAGUCUAGUAUUAGGUGAUGGUAUGUCUAGAAUGAACAGCUUUCCUGUAUCUUUGAGGGGCCCCGCAGAGCGGGCCCUUAAUCCUGAUAACAGCUAUAACCAUCAGGAGCAGAGGACUUCGCCAACUGUGGAGCAACAGUCUCUUCAUGAAGAUGUGGAAAUGAAAAGUAGUGGAUCAAGUGCUAAUGAUUCCAAUGGCCAUUAUUCCAAUGGGAAUGACUCUCAUGGGAAUGAAUCUUCAGGAAGUUCUCAAGGAAUUGGAAAGGACUCGGCGCUGCUGGAAUCUUCUGAAAGCAACAAAAGCUCUAAUUCCCAGAGCCCAUCUCCGCCUAGCAGCUCCAAUGCUUUCAGUUUGCUCAGUGCAAGCUCAGAACCAGAUAAUCCUUCCACAAGUGGGUGCAGUAGUGAACAAUCCGCAAAAGCGAAAACUCAGAAGGAACUGAUGAAAACUCUCAAAGAACUAAAAAUGCAUCUCCCUCCUGAAAAGCGAUCCAAAGGCAAAUCCAGCACUCUGAGCAGCCUGAAGUAUGCACUGCGUUGUGUAAAGCAAGUCAAAGCCAAUGAAGAUUAUUAUCAGCUGCUCAUGACAAAUGACAGCCAACCCAGCAAACUUGAUGUUUCCUCUUAUACUAUUGAAGAGAUUGAUAACAUUACUUCUGAGUACACAUUUAAAAACACGGACAUUUUUGCAGUUGCGGUUUCUCUUAUUACUGGAAAGAUAGUGUACAUCUCUGAUCAAGCUGCUUCCAUUUUAAACUGUAAACGGGAAGUCUUCAAAAAUACCAAAUUCAUUGAGUUCUUAAUACCUCAGGAUAUUAGUGUAUUCUAUAGUUUCACAACACCCUACAGACUGCCUUCAUGGAGCAUGUGCACUGGAGCAGAAUCCACUCCUCCAGAUUGUAUGCAAGAAAAAUCUUUUUUCUGUCGGAUAAGUGGUGGCCGGGAACGUGAUGGAGACAUCCAGUACUAUCCAUUCCGAAUGACUCCAUACUUAAUGAAAGUACAGGAUGCUGAGCAUGCAGAAGACCAGUUCUGCUGUCUACUGUUAGCCGAGAGAGUGCACUCUGGAUAUGAAGCUCCAAGAAUUCCACCAGAUAAGCGAAUAUUUACAACUACCCAUACCCCAGGAUGUGUCUUCCAGGAUGUGGAUGAACGAGCUGUGCCCCUACUAGGCUAUUUGCCUCAGGAUCUGAUUGGAACACCCAUCUUACUGCAUCUGCAUCCAAGUGACCGUCCUGUGAUGCUAUCUAUUCAUAAAAAAAUUUUACAGUAUGCCGGGCAGCCUUUUGACCAUUCUGCUAUCCGCUUUUGUGCUCGUAAUGGGGAAUAUGUUACCAUUGAUACCAGCUGGUCUAGUUUUGUCAACCCUUGGAGUCGGAAGGUGUCCUUCAUAAUUGGGAGACACAAAGUUCGAACUGCUCCAGUGAAUGAGGAUGUAUUUGCAGCCCCUGCUUUGACCGAGGGUAAAAUAAUUGAUUCAGACAUUCAGGAACUUACUGAACAAAUUCACAGACUUUUGCUCCAGCCAGUGCAUAACAAUGGUUCCAGUGGCUAUGGAAGCUUAGGCAGCAAUGGUUCACAUGAGCACUUAAUGAGUGUGGCUUCGUCAAGUGAAAGCAAUGGGAACUUAAAUGAUGAUUCACAGAAAACAAAGCCUAGGACAUUUCAGGAAAUUUGCAAAGGCGUCCAUAUGCUGAAAAACCAGGGUCAGCAAGUUUUUGUUGAGUCAAGAUCCAAAUCAGAAUUAAAAAAAGAUGAUUUUUCAGGUGAGGCUCAUAAAGAUUUAAAUUUAAAAGCAAAGGAUUCUCUUGUGUCCACUGGAAAAGAGGGCACAUCCAGCAGUGCAGAAAAAAACUUGGCAAAUGAAGAGAUAAGUUGCAAGGAACAGCCUGUUUACUCGUACCAGCAGAUCAGCUGUCUUGACAGUGUUAUCAGGUAUUUGGAGAGCUGUAACAUUCCUGCCACUGUCAAAAGAAAAUGUCAGUCAUCUUCAAACACUGCUUCAUCAAUCUCUGAUGAUGAUAAGAUGAAAACUGCCAGCGACCCAAUGCAAAUUACUCAAGAAGAAACCCUGAUUUUAGCCGACAAGUUAGAUCCGGAGUUUGUGAAGGCACCCAAUAAAGACCCUGGAGGAGGAGUAGUUGGUCCUUCCUUGGCACCAUUGGCUCUCCCCAGCAAAGCUGAAAGUGUGGUUUCUUUUACCAGCCUUUGCAGUUACAGCAGCACUAUUGUUCAUGUUGGUGAUAAAAAGCCACAGCCUGAGUCAGAAAUUAUUGAAGAAUGUCCAAGUGCUACUGAACAAAUGGAAAGUCAGCAGUUACCAGCAGCUGCACCUGUGAGUCAAGAGAAGGAAGCAUUCAAGGUGCUUGGGCUAACCAAAGAAGUGCUGGCAGCCCACACACAGAAGGAGGAGCAGACCUUCCUAAACAAGUUUAAGGAGCUACGUGGCAUCCGAAUGUUUAAAUCGCCAUGUAGUUUUUAUUUGCAGGAGAGACAUAAGGGACAGUAUAGAGAAGGUCUCCGUACUCCAAAGCAAGGAGUGCAUGGUGCAGUACCAGUCUUUAAAAAGAGUGGAAGAAACAAGAAAACAAAAAGCAAGAGAGUUAAACAGCAUGAGUCUUCUGACAGCACCACCUCUCAAAAGCUCCAGCCCCCACAAAGAACCCCCCUUAUGAGUCUCAAUCACACGUCGUGGUCACCUUCAGACACUUCACAAUCCAGCUUUCCAGCAGUGCCAUUUCUGCCAGUCAUGCCAGCAUACUCCGUGCCAGUCUUCCCAGCACCAGGCACUGGGCCUCCUGGAGCAGCAGCACCCCCUGUUAAAGAUCCCUUAGCACCUGGCUUCAGAGAUGGGCAAAAUGGCCAAGACAUUCAUAUGCCAAUGCAACAGCCAGCAUACUCUGCUCCUAUAGUUACACCCAUGGUUGCUUUUGUUCUCCCAAAUUAUGUGUUUCCUCAGGUGAAUAAUUUUGGACAACCAAUCCAGCCAUUUUUCACAGGACAGCCAACAUUCCAGACACAGACUUCUUUCCCUACUCAACCAGCCUUUCCAGUGCAACCUCAGUUUCCUGUUCAAAAUGCUUUCUUGAAUCAAAGCCAGUUUCCAGGACCAUCUUUUAAUUUUGGUACAGUGGCAGAAACUGAGAAAAGCCCUGCUCCUGAUCAGCGAGAUGGACUGUCUCGUUCUUCAACCCCACUUUCACCUGGAGCCCGAGAUCAUGCCUCCCCACCUUUAUUCCAGUCACGGUGUAGCUCUCCUUUGCAGCUGAAUCUUCUACAAUUAGAAGAGACUCCAAAAUCCGUAGAACGGCAAGAAAUUGGCACAUCUGGACCUUUGGGGGACAGGAGGGCGUCUAUUUCAACAAGAGCAGAUGCAAGCAAGGACACUGAUCUGGUUGUCUCACUUGGUGAAUGUCAAAACAGUGACACUCACUCUUCCUCCAGUGACUUUCUUGACAUCUUGAUGCAAGAGGAUUCUCAAUCAGGCACUGGUUCAGCUGCCUCUGGAAGUGGAGGUUCUGCGGCUUCAGGGUCUUUGGGCUCGGGUUCUAAUGGCUUAUCAGGCAGUGCUACAGGGAGCAGUCAGACAAGCAAUACCAGCAAGUACUUUGGCAGCAUAGAUUCUUCUGAAAAUGAGCACAAGCCUAAACUUCGGUCUGACCUGGAAGAAGAGCAAAGCAAGCAUUUCAUUAAGUAUGUGCUCCAGGAUCCAAUGUGGCUUCUAAUGGCCAACACAGAUGAAUCUGUAAUGAUGACUUACCAGUUACCAUCUCGAGAGAUAGAUACUGUUCUUAAACAAGACAAGGAAAAACUGAAACAGAUGCAAAAAUCCCAGCCGAAGUUUACAGAAGAACAGAAGAAGGAGCUGGUGGAGGUUCACCCCUGGAUAAAGAAAAGUGGUUUACCAAAAGCUAUCGAUAUUAAGGAAUGUGUCUGCUGUGGUAGCUCUCAACCUAAUGGCCCCUCACCCUUUGAUGUGGAAAUCCAUGAUGUGGAGCUUGGAGUAGUGGAGCCCACUGAGGAAGGCAGCUUAAGGACUUUGGCUUGUACAUCCAAUGAACUGGAAAACCAUGACAGUUAGUUGCACAUGAUUGAUAAAACUGGCAAGCUGGACCAAAACUGUCAUGGUAAAACACAAACUGUUAAUGUCCUAGGCCUUUUGGUACUUGACACUACUAAGAAGUACAAUUGCUGACCUUAUUUCAGUGAUUUCCCAUUUGACUGUUCUCUUUAUUGUCCUCUGCAUUUACAUUCAGUAUUCAGGAUCCAGCUGAUAUUGACACUGUGAAGGACGAGGCUGUUACAGCUUUAGUGCAAGGCAGAUAACAUCACACUCCUCUUUGGCAAAGCGUGAAAGGAGUACUCUUUGCACAAACAUGAAAACCACUUCUUGCCAACCCAGUUUGUGCCCAGCUCUUGUAUACCUGAUAUUUUGUAGCAUGUAAAAUAUUUUUUUAUUAUUAUUGCAAAAGAGUCAUUUUUUGAAA